GUAAGGCGGUGCGGGGCUGCGGAGCAGCUGACGGGACGGGAGCGCGGAGGGCGGGCGGCGUGUGCCCGUGUGCGGAGUCGCGCAGCGCCAUGUCCGCCUUCGCCCUGGAGGAGACGCUGGAGGCCGACUGGGUGGCCGUCAGGCCGCACGCCUUCCAGGAGCGGGAGAAGCACAAGUUCGCCUUUAUCGUGGCCUGGAACGAGAUCGAAGGCAAGUUCGCCAUCACCUGCCACAACCGCACGGCGCAGCGCCAGCGCAGCGGCUCCCGGGAGCUGCGCCGCGGCGGCCCCGAGGUCGGAGCCGUCCCCAAGGCUGGCGGCCCCGCGGUGCGCAGGGACCCGGGGCCGCCCCGGGGCUGCGCCCAUCCCCGGGCCGAGGUGCUGCCUAAGAGCCCGCUGCGCGCCAAGGGCAGCCCGGCCCGGAGGCCGCAGCGCGGCCCGGACGCGGCAGGUGCCGCCGAGGAGAUCGAAGUGCUGGAGCUGGGGAAGGAGGACGUGGCCGCCGCGCUGUCGCUGCCGCCCUCGCCGCCGCGGGCGAGCGAGUUGGGCGCUGCCGACGCGGAGCCGGCGGGGGAGGAGUGCAGCUGGGCCGGGCUCUUUUCCUUCCAGGACUUGCGGGCCGUGCACCAGCAGCUGUGCUCGGUGAACUCGGAGCUGGAGCCCUACCUGCCUGCCUUCCCCGAGGAGCCCUCGGGCAUGUGGACGGUGCUCUUCGGAGCGCCGGAGCUAUCCGAGCAGGAGAUGGACGCUCUCUGCUACAAGCUGCAAGUUUACUUGGUUCACAGCUUGGAUACCUGUGGCUGGAAGAUCCUUUCGCAGGUGCUCUUCACCGAGACCGACGACCCCGAAGAGUAUUACGAGAGCCUGAGUGAGCUGCGACAGAAGGGGUACGAGGAGGUGCUCCAGAGGGCCCGCAGGCGCAUUCAGGAGCUUCUGGAAAAACAUAAGAAUACAGAAAGUAUGGUAGAGCUCCUUGAACUGUACCAAAUGGAAGAUGAAGCCUACAGUAAUCUUGCAGAAGCAACCACAGAGCUCUACCAGUACUUACUGCAGCCAUUCCGAGAUAUGAGGGAACUUGCAAUGCUUAGAAGACAGCAGAUAAAGAUCUCAAUAGAAAAUGACUACCUAGGCCCCAGAAGAAUUGAGAGUCUGCAAAAAGAAGAUGCCGAUUGGCAGAAAAAAGCCCACAUGGCUGUGCUUUCUAUUCAAGAUCUUACAGUUAAAUAUUUUGAAAUAACAGCUAAAACACAAAAAGCUGUGUAUGAUCGAAUGCGAGCAGACCAGAAGAAAUUUGGUAAGGCAGCAUGGGCAGCAGCAGUGGAACGUAUGGAAAAGCUUCAGUAUUCGGUUUCUAAGGAGACUUUGCAGUUGAUGCGUGCGAAAGAAAUUUGUUUGGAGCAGAAGAAACAUGCGUUGAAAGAGGAGAUGCAGAGUCUGAAAGGUGGUACAGAAGCUAUAGCCCAUUUGGACCACUUAGAAGCUGAUUACUAUGAUCUACAGCUUCAGUUAUAUGAAGUGCAGUUCGAGAUCUUGAAAUGUGAAGAGCUGCUCCUGACAGCACAGCUUGAAAGCAUCAGAAGAUUGAUGUCAGAGAAGAGAGAUGAAGUGGUGUAUUAUGACACUUACGAAAGUAUGGAAGCCAUGCUUGAAAAAGAGGAUAUGGCAACAUCUGUACACUUGCAAAAAGAGGAGCUGCAAAAGUUACAACAAAAAAUCCGCCAGCUGGAAGCAAGGCGUGGACGUAUUUCAGCCAAGAAAGCCUACCUCAGAAAUAAGAAGGAGAUCUGUAUAGCAAAGCAUAAUGAAAAGAUCCAGCAGCGUCACCAGAGCGAGGAGGAGUACAAAAUACACCAUACUGUUCAGCUGAAACGAGAUCAACUGCAAGAAGAAGAGGAAAGAAAAAGCUCCUGGGUUAGUCAGGAACGACAGAAAACCCUGGACAGACUUCGUACAUUUAAGCAGCGGUACCCUGGGCAAGUAAUACUUAAAUCAACCAGACUACGGCUGGCUCAUGCAAGAAGAAAAUGUGCAGCCAGCUCAGUGCCCUGUGUCGAGCAGCCUCAAUCUUUGCCAGCAACCAUACCAAUCCAAGAGAAGAGAGAGGAGGUGGAAUUGGAAAAAGUAGUUCAGCCUUUGCAAGUGCAGGAAUCCACAAGCCUAAAACAACUUCAAGAUGUCUCUUUGCCUCCUAAUGAUGUUACCUCUGAACUGCCCCAUGUUAGCCCUUCUCCACUCACCAGUGACGAGCUUCAACCAGAGACUGCCACUGGAGCACAGCUUCCACCCCCUUUGCCUCCACCACCGCCACCUCCACCUCCACCUUUGCCCUCCAAGGAAGAUGCCACCAAAUCCUUAGAGAAAAGUGACAGCUUUGUUAAACGUCAGAGCGUGGAGAAGGGUGUCCAGCACUCUUCUGGUGGCCCACCAGCACAUCUGUUCGAUAGCAGUCAGCUAGUCAGUGCCAAGAAGAAGCUUAAGAAGACUGGUGAUCUAGAGGGCUUACAGAGGAGGAGAGGUGCUUGACAGCCACCAACGUGCGAAAAGAAACCCCAGUUGAAGAUUACUUUUCUUCUGCAUUUCUGAGAACUCAGAGCCGGCAGUUAUGACCAUCAGUUCCACAGGAGGCUUUCUUUGGCAAAGAAAUAGUCUUUCUUUGGCAAAUAACUCAGUGCAUGGAAAAAAAUGGCCUGAAAUAUUAGUUUUAGGUCACUUUUUUCUUUAUUUGUUUAAACAAAUUCUGGUUUGGGCAGAAAGCUAAGUUCUUUAGACGUGCAUUUUAUACUAUCAAGAAUGCCCAGUUCUUAAGCACUUUUUAUAUUUGCGUUAGUAAUGUAUGGCCAGUUAAGUGAGGGGGCCAUUUUGAGCUGGGAGACUACUUGCUGUUAGAGUAACUUUGGGGUUCCAAACCAGCUAUAAAAUGGCCCCUUCACUGCACUGAAUAUCUCAUGUGCUUGAAAAUUCAACUAAAUGGCUCCCUGCAGAGAAUCUUGCUGUGUAGCAGUGUGAUAUUCCAGAAAGAGAAUUCCUAGUUGCACUACAGUAGCUGAAAUUCAGUAACAUGCAACUAAGACUUUUUUCUUCUUAGCUUGAAGAAGCAUAUGUCAGUAGGAAAAGCAACAAGUGAUCACAGCACAAUGAGAAUUAAGAGUUGAAUUCAGUACAUAUUCAAGAAUGUGUUUGUUUCCAUCAUGAUACAUUUAGCAAGACAUACUGCAGCACCUUUUUAGAAGGUCAUGUUUAGUCUGACAUCUUUUUAAAGUAGACAUUUUCAUGCUUUUUUAAAAUAAUAUUUAGCUAUGCUGAACCAAGUUAGUUAUACUUUUAUCAUUUGUUAUAAGAAGCAAUAUUUUGUAAUUUCAUACUUAAAAAUAUUUUUCUCUUUUGGUUUAAAAUGGCUUUUGAUUAGUCUUAGCAGCCUUCUUUAAAAAAGAUCAAAGCACUUAAGCAUACUGAUAAUUGAGUUGUGAAAAUCAUGCUAUUCUUGCUGGUUUUCAUUAUUCCCUUUAGUGGCUGCAAAAAUGUUUGUAUUUCAUACCCAAAAGCCUACUGGCUGAAAAAAGUUUCUUUUGAUUCUGACUGUUUUAUUUUUAAAGGAAAGUUACAAUUUCCUCUGCAGUGAAUACUUAGGACUAGUCCUAAACCUCAUGACUAAUGGCUGCAGGCAGCUACUCUUUCGAUACCACAGUACCAAGAGGUAUGUCAAAACAGAGAUACAAGUAGCCUUGUACCACUUAAAAACCUCAUGUGGUAUUAAAAAAUCAGCCCAUUAGACUUCUAGGAAAGCUGAAUUUUCACUAGCAUUUUGUUUUUACUAGCAUAAUAUACACUGUGUUUGAGAAAUACACAGUCCCUGUCCUUUGUGUUGUGUGGUCCAUUCACUGUUCCUCUUUUGACAGAUAAACUACUAUAUGGGGAUCUGGGUUCUUUUAAGUGGAGUUACUCAUUGCUGCUGUCGUGUAAUGGAACACGUACUGUGUUAACAUUUAUAACAGGGGAUUUCAUGUCUUGCCGUUUACUUACAGAGAAAGGAGCAGGAGACCUUACCUUAGCAAUAGGCUGUGUAAUCUAAAGGAACCUCAGCUCUGGGACCCUUCAGUCUAUUGAAGAUGUUUUGCUGUGGCUGUCCAAAAAUUAAAGCUCUGUAAAACAUCUUGAGAAGAUUUUCUUAACCAUGUUGCCUUACUUAUUAAAGUUAGUGAACAUUGAUUUUUCAAAGCACCUGCGAGCAGUGUUACUGUAGAAUUGUAUAGAUUUUGCUGUGUUAGUUGCCAGGUCUCUGUUUUUCAGCUAUGUGAAACACCUGAUACUGGCUUUCCACAGACCUAAAACUACAUGAUGCUUUUUUCUUACUCUCUGAAUUCUGUGUUACAUGGUAUGGUUGUGAGCUGUCUGAUGCUGUGUUCAUGCAGCAAUGGCAGCAGUUGCAACAUUAAUUUUAAUCAUUUGACACUACCCUAUGCCAUUAGCUGUUUAGUUCUACAUUUGUUUGUAUUUUCAGUCACACCACACAUUAAAACCAAGGUAAUCAAAUAAAUUUUUGGCUGUAGCACAAAACAGAACUAUGAUGUGGAACGGUAAUUCGCUUUAUACAUUUCAUCUGAAACUUAGUGCUGAAUUAACAGUGGUGAACAAGCAACUUUUAUGUUCAUUUUUUCCUUUUUCCAGCCUGCAUUUCAUUCCUUGGAGUAUGCAUACAAAAACCAAGCAAAAUUUCAAGCUGAGGAAAAAUAGUGUAAUUCUAAAGUAUUUGUGCAGUGGUUCCUUUGCACAACAUGUUUGUCUGCAGUUUACCACUGUGUUGUUACCUAAAUAGCUCCAUGCUGUACUGUACUACGGUUUUCAGAUAUGUUUGCCAUGUGAUCUGUCAUCUUUGCCUUGAAAAAUGUGUGCAUGAUUGAUGAAAAUUACCCUUCUUAAUCUGUUUCAUAUUUAGCUGAAAUCUUAGAUUUCUGUAGUAGCUUAGUCUCAAUAGAAAUGGAGUUCUCAUAUGAGCAUGUAUUUUAUGGGCACACAAAAAGUAGUUGUUACGCUGAGCAUAGCAGUAGGUAUCAGUUCAAAACUGCCAUCUUCUGUGUGGAAAAUGAAUGGGGAUUUUUUCCACAUCCUGCUCAAAAAAAAAAAAAAAAAAUCCUGAAUUUAAAUCUCCGUGAGUCACUAGAUGUCACAAUUUAAUAUAAUUUUCACUUUGAUAAAAAAUUGUGCAUAUGUACUGUACACAGGCUAAUGCAUAAAAGGUACCAUCCUGUGCCAUGUGAAAUUUUCCAGUGGGAUGGCUACCGCGGAAAAUGAGGAAAGUUUAGUAUAUUUACAAGAAACUUCGGGAAACUAUGACAGUCCUGCAUUGAGAUCAGUUCCUCCACAGCUGAGAAAAACUGUAAUAAUUGUGUUGGUCUGUGAGAAAUCUUGGCAAGCAUCACUAAGGAAAAACACGUAAACAUGCGCAAGGAAAAAGAGCCUCCAUUAAAAGACCUGCCUAUUGAUAUUUUUCAUUUUAUUGUUGUGGCUGCAUUGUUCUGUUGCUAGUUAUUUAUCUUAAGUAGAUUCAUCAGCUUUUGGCUUUUUCCAUUUUUAGAAACUUCCUUCUUUUUUCAAAUUAAAAGUUUUAUUAUGCUGUAACUGAUUAAGUGAAGUAAAGAUUUGGAAUGCAUAAUGUUUCUUGUACAAAUGCUUAUGUAAAGACUGAAAAAUCUUUUAUGAGUGGGAACAAGAAACUAAAUAUUUAGUUUCUACUAAAAUAACCAAAAUGCAAGGUAGACAGCAAUAGUCUUGCUCAGAAAUUGAAUUUGUAUCAAUAAGAAUUUAAUGUUCUCAUUCAAGGAGGUUCCAGAUCCUUUACAAAUGACCAAUAGUCUUACUUUACUGUAUUUUCAUGUUAGUUAUCUGUCUAGGGUAGAUGAAGGCUUUUUUAUUUUUCUCAAACAUCGCUUUCAAGUUUUGCCUGGUUUUGGUUUUUUUGUGGUUUUUCUUUUUUUUUUAAUCUGACAGUCUGCAUUCGACAUCAGACACUUGUAAAAUAAAUUAGUAUGAUUAUAUAUUGUGUUGUGACUGAAUUGGGGAUAGAACUCAACAUACUUCACUACGUUAUUUGUAAAGAAUCAUUUUGAGUAUAAGCACUAUAUUCUGUACUGUUUAAUAAUAAAGUAAUGAUAGAUGCAUUAUUGAAGAUGCAACUUAUUGAGAAGAGGAGGCAGAAACUUUAUUGGUUAAUGUUACCCUUAUUCCAUUUGUUGCACUGAAUUUCAGAGUGUAAUUUGUAAAUCAAGUUUGCUCAUGCGUGUAAUCAGAUUUUAUUUUCAUUGUAAUGCUUAUGUAAUUAAAUUACCUGGAUGUAUUUCUGGUAAUGAUUUCAUAAGCAUGGACAAUAUGUUGUUGAUGUUUCGCACUACAGAAUUAAAGUUAAGAACAAGCAAAGCUUCUUGCGAAGAAAAGGAGUAACAGAAGCACCUUACUGGGAGAGCAUGUUGCAUGAUUUCAGUCCUCUUGGAGCUGACAGACAGUAGGUCAUCCUAAACUUGACUGCAAAUUGCUCUUUGGUGUAAUAAGCACAUCAACAUACUGCUAUCAAUGCUAUCAACACAAUGGCUAUUUUUAACCUAUAAAUAUACUGUAAUUUAAGUUUUCCUACAAAGUGAAUUUAUAUUUAAUUGCUGCCUAAUACAUAAAUACUUAGAAUUUUUAGGAGGGUCAAGGGAGGGAGGGUGGGCAUGCCAGUAUAUUUGUGGGAGGGGCUGUUGCAUAUAUGGGUCUUUGUACUUCCCAUUCAGUUUGACUAUUCAUCCAAAACUCACAGCUCUGGCUGUGGUGAAUCUGCAACCUGACAUAUAUGUAUUUUUAUUGUGAUUCAGGUCUUCUAUAUUCUGUGGCUCAGAGCUUCAGAAUUUGACAGAAAAGGUCAUCUUUCCAUUCUCAAAUGUGAAUACGUUGUACCUCUGAUAGGGAAAAUGACCAAGCAAUGAUUUUUAUUCUGAUGGGUUUUUAAUGUUAAUGUGUAGAGCAUUAUCUAAAACUCGUUAACCAGUAGUGUGUGCAUUGGAAACAAGUGGAAAGGAUGAAGACCGUUUUGGUGCAUAUAGUCCAAACUCUGCAGCGACUUUAUUCCAGAGACUGUCACCUAUCCAGGAAUUAGUUUGCCAUAAACUGGCUUGAUUUUCAGAGUAUAAACAUAGUUUUGACUUCUGAAUUGGUAAAUAGGUGUUGGGCAUUGGGGAUAUUCACUUAACAUCUUCCAGUGUGUUGUUGCUGUUGCUGUAUGUUUUGAACUUCAUUUUAAGUGUAUACAAAUGUGUCAUAAAAGGAAAGCUAAAGAAAUGCAGAUGGCUGCAAGUUGUCUUACAUGAGUGAAGCCAGCAAAGCUUAAUGAAACUAACUUCUUUGUUAAGCCUGUUAAAUAAAUAAAUAAUGAAAACAAAUUUUCCAUUCACUAGCUUUGUGCAAUGUUAUCAUUAGACUCAGACACUACUAGCACAUUGUGCUUGACUUUAAGAAAAUUCUUUAAUUCCAUUAUAUUCAAAAGGACAUAAUAAAUGCGUAUUUUAUUGUAAACAACUCUGCAAAUUUACUAUGCCUGAAAAUGCUCAAAGUUAUUAAGUAUUAAGCACAAGUAUGUUUAAAAAAAUAAGAUUAAGAACUAAACAAACAUUUCUAGCAAUAUCUAGAAACUAAAAAAAUUUUAAUUGCUUCUUGGUCUUUUUUAUUUAGCGCAGCUUUUCUGCAAUGCAAGUUUAUUGCUGUGUAUUUCAUGGGGUUUUAUUAUCAUGAUUCAGAAAUUUAAGCCUGUACGCAAAGUACUGCAUUCACCUUAUUGUAUGUGCGAUGUAACAUCAUACUCACAGUUUUGGUGCUUUAAAAUUAUUCCUCUUUUCUUUAUUAAAGGAUAUUUAUUUGAUCACUGUCUUGGUUUUAACUUUGAUUAUGUACUAGCAUUGAAAAAAUAUUUUUGUGCAGUUUAGUUCCCACAAAAACAAUUUCAGAUCUAAUUUAUUUCAGUUCCCAUUGCUAUUCUUACAACUCCUCAAAUGCCCUGUUAUGGUUUAAUGGUAGGUGGUUGCAUCUAAGCUAUAUUGGAAUACUUGUUAUUAGGUAAUAUCUUUGUAAAUGAAGCCACAUGAAAAAUUUAGGUAUUGUAGAAGAAACUUGCUCCUAAACGAUGCACGGUAGUUGUGUGUAAUUGCAAAUCACAUCCACUUUUCAUCUCUUGAUCAAAAAACAGAAACAUUCUAUGAAAAGGAGUAAAAGUUUAAAUAUAGAAAUGUUAAAAAGUGUAGCACCCUUAUGAUGCUUACCGUGUCCCUAAUUAGAAUUCCUAGUUGUCUGUGGGUAAGUUCUUCAUUUUAGUCCUCUAGCUGUUUUGUCUUAUUAUUUAUGUAGACAUAAAUCUUGUAAAAGAGGUAUCUUUAUAUUGUAUCUCUUUUCCCUGUUGCUUCUGUGUGUUUGGUGCAGUGCAAGUAUUUCUAGCUGGUUCCUUAACAUGAGGAAACAAAAAUCCAGUGUGUUUCUGGAACAGGAACUUACUAGUGCCAUUAAAAUCCUGAGAAAACAAGAAAAAGGACAUUUCUAAGAGCAACAUGAAACCAACUUUGUAUUUGUGGUGCAAAUCUACAUUGCAACAGGUCUUAGACAAAAUUCAAGGCCGGUCUGGCUUUGGUUUCCCAGUGUCAUUUUUCAUGCCAAGUAAUAAUGACUCUUAAUUUUGGGUUAUGGCAGAACAUGUAAAACAAGUAGGAAAUGUGUUUUGAAAUAAUCGGUUUUUUGAUUGUUGCCAGCUUGAGAGAGAAAACAGUUGCAUUUGUCUGGUCCUAAAGCUCUGGCAGUGUGUGACCUUGACGUGGGUGCCCUCACAGGUUUUGUUUUGCCGGACAAACUGGUGCUCCAUCAGCUGGUUCUGCUUGGCAUUGGCUUCAGUGGAUAAGUAGAUGUUCUUUUAUAACUCUCUACAGUUUCCAUACAGGUUGGAAAUUAAUUUAGUGAAUGCAAUAGGCUUGCAGAUGAGUGAAUCUAUCUGUAGGCAGACUUGAAAGGCAGUGGUAUGCCAUGCAGAAUAAGGCCUCUUGUUUGUACAAGACGGAAGAUGAAAGAUAUAGAAUUAUCUUUUUUUCCUGUUUGUUAUAUAUCGGAUGUAAAUCAAAAGGGCAUUGUAAAUAAAUACUCAGUGGGCCACACUGCCUCUGAAAUAGAGGAACUACUGAUACAUACAGGGUUUGUCUCUGUUCCACAACUUUAUGCUCAGCAUUACUGCUCAAGAGAGGCAGUAGAGUAGGGCAAGAAGUAAAAAUGGAAGGGUAUUUGGCAUAUUGUUUUCCAAAACCUAUGAACUGUUACUUUUUUCAGCAGUUCUUACUGCUGCUUCCCAUCAUAGGGAGAAGCCAAUUGUCUAGGCUUCGUUGUUCCUACCAUUGGAGGGAGCUUAGAGGAAUCCUGGACUGCCACAGUAUCUCUGAAUCUUGGGAUCAGGAAGUCAUCAGCAUGUCACUGCCAUCACCACAGCCGGAGCUUUAUGCUCACAUCACAGAUCACUGUCUAAAUCUACUGUUUCAGAGUUGUGCCACUGUGUUUUUGACAUUUGUAAAGGAAGGUUAUAAUGUCUGUAAACAUGGAUAAAACAGUGUCUUAAACCUUAGAAGUAGGAUGUCAGCCAUUUAACUGUUACAGGCAUCACUUUGCUUACACAAACUGCCCUUCAGCAGAAAACCAUCCCAGAGAGGUGUUGCCAGGAAGCUACAGCAUCGUCACUGUGUAACCUACCUUGCUCACAGAAGCUGCCAGGUCUCUGUCCAACUCUCCAUCCUGCAGAACUGAUCCCACGAAGAAACCUUUCUGCCCUUGCCCCCUUUGCACUAAGAUUCUCAGUCUCUAUUAUUUUCUCUAAACUUUAUGCAAAUCUUCACCGUAGUCAUGCUCACUGUCCAGAUUUUCAUCAGCUCAAAGACAGCACAUCUCCCUUGAACUGUUGCCUCCACAGGAAGGGCUGGUGGAUAAAAACAGGCACAGAUUACUCUCUGUGCUGUUAAAGCUGCUGCCUGUGUUGCUGGGAUUCGCUCAUCAUUGAUCAACCAAAAUUCCGGGAAAAAAAGAACCUAAACCGAAACAAAAGUUAUAUUCACAUUCACAAUGUAUCUGCUGUCUUAUCCCUUUAUUCCUACUGUAGUUUUGUGCUAUCUGUGGGAUGUUUGUUGGAGAUACUUGUGCCAUAGGCAAAUGAUCUGUAUUGCUUUCUUGUCACUCUCCUUACCAUGAAAUGCAGCAGAUUUGUUGACUAUUCUGAGACGUCUCACUACACCCCACACUGCUUACAUAAGACUAAGCACAUUCACAGUCUUUCAAACAAAAGUCACUGUUUACUUCGUUCUUUCAUCUUAACAACUUUUCUAAUUAGCAUCACAUUCCCUCUGUACAUUACUGUUUAAAAGUCACAGGAAUAAGGAAGAUUGAAGAAUCAUGCAAUUCAUACAAAGCACUUAUAGUAACUAUACUUUUUCUUCCUCAGUACUUUAUUUUAAUCUCAUUCAAUUUCAGUAAGAGUGUAACUGAGUUCUCAGCAUACAAAAUCAUCAGUGCAUGCUCAAACUGCCAUGCAUGUUAAAAGCACAAUUUAAACACCGUAACAGACAUUUAUGAAUCAACUUCUUUUGAAGCACUGCAAAAGAAUGGCCAUUUUCCCCUGCACAUGCACUUGCUGUGAGUAAAAUGACUGCUGGAGUGGAUAUAGUUGUAUGAAAACUGUUUGACAGAGAAACCACUGGACACUGCUCUUGGUUUCUAAUGGCGUGUUAAAAAAAAACAAAAAAAAAACCUAAAAAUAAACAAAACAAAACAAAAAAAACC